AUUUAUGUUUUUAAAGCUUCAAGAAAAAAGGCGUAAGGGGCUUUGUAUACUCUCGGGAUUUAUGUUUUUAAAGCUUCAAGAAAAAAGGCGUAAGGGGCUUUGGCAGCUCCUUCGCUACGCUUCCUUCCAUAAAUCCAACUUUCACAUUCUUUGCUUCACAAUUCAUCUUCCAAUACGAAGGGAGAAUUGAGUUAUCUGCAGUUGCUACCUUUUUCUUCAUGGCUAUUAUCAGUCGAUAGAAUCGAUUUUGCCAGAGGUUUUGGGGGAGGAUUUAGCGAUAUAUUAUUAGCUGAAAUGCCGUCUACAAGCAGUUCCAGUAUGUCGUUUGGGGGAUUCCGAUCAAUUUUAGGAUUUGGAAACGAUCAUAAUCAAGUUCAUAUGGAGGAGGUGAAGAACGACUCUAAAUCUCCACUAGAUCGUGAACUUGAAAGGUUCCAAGAACAAGUAUUCACUCAAUUCCAUGCACUUUCAUCUUCUUCUCCCGAUGAAUUUCUCUCCAUUUUUUGGAUAUCCAAGCUACUAGACGCAUUCAUUGUUUGUCAAGAAGAUUUCAAGGUCAUUCUCUUGAACAAUUCUGAAAAUUUCUCAAAACCACCAUUAGAUAAACUCCUUACAGAGUUCUUCGACAGAAGCAUCAAAGCUCUUGACAUAUGUAACGCUGUUCGUGAUGGAAUUGAGAAAGUACGCCUUUGGGGUAAACACUUAGCCAUUGUUUCAAGUGCUUUUGAUUCAAAACAGAGAAACAUGAUAGGUGAAGGCCAGUUUAGGCGUGCAAGAAAAUCAUUAACUGAUUUAGCCAUUGUUAUGCUUGAUGAUCAUAAAGAAUCUGGAUCUGUGUUUUCACAUAGAAACAGAUCUUUUGGGCGUCCAAACAAAGGUAAAGAUCUGAAUCAACGUAAGCAUGGACACUCAAGGUCUCUCUCAUGGAGUGUUCCUAAUUCAUGGUCUGCAACUAAACAGCUUCAAUCAAUGUCCAACAGCUUGACUCCAUUUCCACCUCGAGGAAAUGAAAAUGGUGGAAAUUCCAGUCUUCAAAACUGUGUUUUCACAAUGGGAUUUGUUCUCAUGUUUGUGUUAUGGACUGUAGUUGCUGCAAUCCCAUGUCAAGAUCGUGGUCUUUUCAAUUUCUCAAUUCCAAGACAAUUCUCAUGGGGAACUCCAUUGUUCUUUCUUCAAGCUCGGAUUUUAGAUGAAUCAAAGAAACGUGAACGUAAGAACAGCCCUGGGCUUUUAACAGAGAUUCAACAAAUGGAAAAAUCAAUCAACUUGAUCUCAGAUUUAAUUGAUUCUGUUCAUCAGUUUCCAUUGACAGAAGAACAACAGAAAGAAGUGAAAGAUGGAGUUGAAGAGUUAUCUUUGGUUUGUAGCUUGUGUAAGAAGGGAUUAGAUACAUUGGAUUGUAAAUUGAGGGAAGUUUUCAGGAAGAUUAUGUAUUGUAGGACUGAAGGGCUUGGAACAUUGACCUCUACAUAAUCUUGAAGAUCAAAAUGUUGAAAAGAACAAAAAAAAUGAAGGUGAUAUUUGUAAUUUA